AUGGCAGGCGCCACCAACGGCAACGGCGCCAACAACGGCGGCGGCGGCGGGGGGAAGGUGAUCAGCAUGCCGCUGCAGUACUUCUGCGUGCUGGCGGCGGUGGUGGUGGCCGUGAUGGUGCUGUCGCUGUCCUUCAUGUCGCCGGCGGCCAUGGUGGCCGUCCGCCACAACCUCGGCUCCUCCGUGGCGGCCGCCGCCCCCGGCAGCAGCAGCAGCACCGCCAGCAGCGGCGCCGCUGCCGGCGGCCUGGCCGCGGCAUCACCGCCGGUGGCACGGAAGGAGAAGGAGCAGGCGCGACGGCCGCCGGUGGCGCUGUUCAACUUCGGCGACUCCAACUCCGACACCGGCGGCGUGGCGGCGGCCGGCGGGAUACGGAUCAUGCCGCCCGAGGGCCGCACCUACUUCCACCACCCCACGGGCCGGCUCUCCGACGGCCGCGUCAUCAUUGACUUCAUCUGUGAGAGUCUGGGCACGCAUGAGCUGAAUCCAUACCUCAAGGGAAUUGGUUCAGACUACAGCAACGGCGUCAACUUCGCCAUGGCGGGCUCGACGGUGACCCACGGCGCCUCUGACUACUCCCUGAACGUCCAGGUCGACCAGUUCGUCUACUUCAGGCACAGAUCCCUUGAGAUGUUUGAACGAGGACUGAAAGGCCCGGUGAGCAAGGAGGGGUUUGAGAAUGCUCUGUACAUGAUGGACAUCGGCCACAACGACAUGGUUGGUGUGGCGCACGUACCGUCCGAUCAGUGGGACAAGAAGAUCACAGAGAUCGUUGGCGAGGUCAGACAAGCCAUCUCGAUUCUGUAUGACAAUGGAGCGAGGAAGUUCUGGAUCCACGGCACCGGCGCCCUGGGGUGCCUGCCGGCGCUGGUGGUGCAGGAGAAUAAGGGCGAGAAGGACAAGCACGGCUGCCUCGCCGGCGUCAACAGGGCUGCCAAGGCGUACAACAGGAAGCUCAGCCAGCUCUGCGACGACCUCCGGUUCCACCUCAAGGGCGCCACCGUCGUCUACACCGACAUGUUCGCUAUCAAGUACGACUUCGUGGCCAACCACACCAAAUACGGGAUCGAGUGGCCGUUCAUGGUGUGCUGUGGCAAUGGCGGGCCGCCGUACAACAUGGAGCAGGGAAAGCCCGGCUGCGGCGACCUGUGCCCGCCGGAGGCGAAGGUGGUCAGCUGGGACGGCGUGCACUUCACGGAUUUCGGCAGCGGCCUUGCUGCCAAGCUUGCCAUGAGCGGGGAGUACUCCAAGCCCAGGGUGAAGCUGGCGAGCUUGAUCCAUGGCGGAUCCAGGAAAGCGUCAGACUCUUGA